AUGGCCGCGCCGAUGGCGGUAAAUUCAGGGGCCAGUCUUUGGGGGCCACUCAAAGAGCUUUGGGAAACUGUAGAUGGGGCCAUACUGAGAAGACAACCAGAGACCGUCCACCUGUUGGAUCUGCAGCUGAAGAAACACAAACCACACUUUCUCUCACUUUUUAAGAAUCCGCCCAAAAGUCCAGAGCAGAGGGAAAAGGUCCGUAAAGCCAGCACAGAAGGCAUCGCCAUCCAAGGUCAGCAGGGUUCUCGGCUCCUUCCGGAACAGCUUCUUACUGAGGCCUUCAUCCUCAGUGAUUUGUUCGACAUCGGAGAAUUGGCAGCUUUGGAGCUUCUCUUGGCAGGUGAACAACAACAGCCUCAUUUCCCCGGCCUCACGAGAGGCUUGGUGGCCGUGUUACUCUACUGGGAUGGAAAGCUCUGCGUGGCCAACUCUCUUCGCACACUCAUCCAGUCACGUCAUGGCAAGACCUUCACUCUGGAUUUAAGUGGGGAGCUGGUGGGCUUGACAACCCGUUUUACAGAUGAGCUGAUGAGCCAGGGACUUACCAAACGCAUUCUCACUUUGGUGUCAGAGAUAAGCGUGACGCGGGAGUUUGAGCGGCUGCAGAAAGAACGUGGCUUGGGAAACGAAAAGCACAGAAAAGAGGUUUCUGAUCUCAUCAAAGAAUGUCGACAGGCGCUGGCAGACAGCUUGUUUUCAUGGACCUGUCAGUCGCCACUAACUAAAGAUGACACCUUGGCUCUCAUUGGUCAUCUCGAGACGGUGACAGCUCAGGCUGACGGUUCACUGGACAGUGUGAGCCUUGCUUUGGUUAUGGCUCUGCUCUACUGUUUGGAUGUCAGCUUUAUAGAGCAAGGAACCGAAGACAGAGAAGAUCUUCUCCAGGCUCUACCGUUGUUGACAGAGAGGCAGUAUGUUGCUGCGGUCCACAGCCGUCUGAUGGACAGCCAACCAUGGAAGCUUCCAGGCCUGCAGGCUGUGUGUCGACUUGCCUGGGCUUUGGCUCUCCGAGUCCUUUCUCAGCUACCACAGGGAGCAGCCCUUGUUGAAUUCACUGAAGCGGACGAGGCCCUGACGGAUCAGGCUCUGUUGGGAGACGUCUUCCUGUUCAUGAAGGAGGGAAUCUUGGGAUGCGACAGUUUUUCCCAGGAAGAGUUUUACAUCCGCCGCCUUCAUUCGCUCAUCACAGACUUCCUCGCACUGAUGCCAAUGAAGGUCAAGCAGCUUCGUAACCGCGCUGAUGAAGAUGCCCGCUUGGUGCACAUGUCUCUGCAGAUGGAUGGAGAACUUCCAUCAUCUCUGCGGAAAGACUUGGACCAUCUCAUGGUGUUGAUUGGAGAGUUUUACAGCAAAGAUCCGUUUGGAUUAGAACUGGGUCUGGAGUUCUGGUGUCCCACAGAGUCUCUCCAGCACACCUCGCUGCAGGGUUCCUACCUUGGCAUGGCCCUCCAAAGGCCUCCUCAUAAACAGGUGGUCCUGUCGAAGUUUGUGCGUCAGAUGGGAGACCUUCUACCCUCCACCCUCUACAUUCCUUAUCUCUGCAUGCUGAAAGGCCUCGCCAAUGGUCCACAGUCCGCUCACUACUGUUUCAGCCUUCUUAAAACUAAUGGCGCUGCUCACAGUGACAACAUUCAGGGAGCUUCAGGAAGUCCUGUGUCCUGGGAACAUUUUUUCCACUCCCUCAUGCUGUACCACGAGAACCUGCGACGAGACCUCCCCAAUCCCGAUUCUGCUCACUACCGCCACCCUCCGCUCAGGGGAAUCACCCAAAGGGAGCUGGAAGGACUGACGGCCUUCUUGCAGCUUAUCACUGCCAUAAUUACCUGGAGUGAAAAUGCUCGGCUGGCGCUGUGUGAACACCCACAGUGGACUCCAGUUGUAGUGAUGCUGGGUUUACUGCAGUGCAGCGUUCCACCUGUCCUGAAGGCUGAGCUCCUUCAUUCCCUGGCAGCUUUUGGGCGGUCACCGGAAAUUGCAGCGUCUCUCUGGCAGUCACUAGAGUACACACAGAUCCUUCAGACUGUUAGAGCCCCAGGACAGAGACAAGCAGCAGGGAUUGAGGUGGAGCUUAAUGAGAUCGAGUCAAGUUGUGAAGAGUACCCUCUGACUCGGGCCUUCUGUCACCUGAUCAGCACAUUGGUGGAGAGCAGCGUCCCUGUUAAUUUAGGGGCAGGGUUGCGCGUCCCUGGCUUUCAGCCCUAUCUGAACUUCCUGCGUGACUCUGUGUUCCUCCCGUUCCCCACCAGAGCAUAUCGCCGUCCAGCCGAGAAGUGGGAGGUUGCCGAUUCUGUCCUGGAGGUGUUCCAUAAGCUGCUGCGGGACUAUGAGCCGCAGCCUUCAGACUUCAUCCAGGAGACGGUGGAGCUGCAGGGAGAGCAGGUCCCUGCUCACAAGCCCCCCGGUCACAGCCUCAUGUUUCACCUGCUUAAUGACUCGCCCACGCUGGCUCUCUGCCUCAGCAUGCUGGAGGAGGGUGUUCGCCAGCUGGACAAAUACGCUCCCUUCCCUGGUAAGAAGCAUUUGGAAUCUGCUGUCCUACACGUUCUGUGCCUUCUGGAUCUGGCUCUGCAGAAGGAGGUGAUGUUCAUGGACCUCCUCAGGGAGAGCCAAUCCUCCCUUCUCGUAUCUCCUCUGGAGCAGUUAUUCCAAGGGGUCAGUCCUCAAACCAGAAGAGCCGACCACCUCGUAAACAUCGCCAGGUAUCUUUACCACAGCAGCUCUAAUCCAGAAGCUGCUUUUCAGAGUGCCAAGAUUCUGCGACGCAUCGCCAACUACCCCAACAUUCAGCUGCGGCUGGUGGGAGAUUUCACACAUGAUCAGACUGUUAGUGAUAAACUAAUGGCUGGAUUUGUGGAGUGUUUGGAUAACGAAGAAGCAGAAGAAGGAGCAGAAAGAGAAGAUGAUGUUGAUCCACCAAAGAAAGUAUCAAGAAUCCGCCAUGAAACCCAGAUCCACAUUCUCAACCUGCUCAUAACCUCCCUGGAGCUGAAAUUGCCCAACCUGGCGCUUUACCUUCUGGGUUAUGAAGUCAAGAAGCCCGUCUCUUCAACCAACCUUCAGGAUCCAGGUGUGUUGGGAUGUCCGCGUAGUUGCCUGCACGCCAUCCUGAGUCUGUUGCAAAGAGGCACUGAAAAAAGAUCAGGACCCGUCCUCACGCAGCAGGCCCCUCACCUGGCCGAGCUCUGCUACCAGGUAAUCUACCAGCUGUGCGCCUGCCCAGACACAUCAGGACCCACAAUGCGCUAUCUGAGGACCAGCCAGGACUUCCUGUUCUCUCACCUUCAGCACCUGCCCUUCAUCCUAACAGAGAACCAGAUUGCUGCCCUCUCCCAAAUGUCAUGGCUCAUGAAAACCGCUGCAAUCGAGCUGAGGGUGACUUCCCUGAACCGGCAGCGCUCUCACACCCAGCGCCUGGUUAGCCUCCUGCUGGAUGAUCAGCCGCACCCUCAGCAUGCCGCUGAGAGCGAGUCUGGGAUGGAAGAAGAUACCAGAUCAGUCAGUGGUUUCCUACAUUUUGAGACGGUCUCUAAAGUGCGCAGGAAGCUGCUCAGCGUGCUGGAUGCCAUUGACUUUAGCCAGGACAUGCCUGAGCUGUUGCAGCUGGACUUCUUUGAGCGCACUCAGAUUGAGCAGGUGAUCUCCAACUGUGAGCAUGUCAACGAGCAGGGACACACUGUCUGCAACGUCAAGUUACUUCAUAGAGUGCUGGUGGCUGAGGUCAAUGCUCUGCAGGGAGUGGCGGCAAUAGGACAGAGGCCCCUGUUGAUGGAAGAGGUGAACUCCAUCCUGCAGCAGGUAGUGGAACGUAACCGGGUCCGCCGUAGCCUGAGUGCGAAGCGCCAUGCGCUGCAGUCCUGGAGGAGCCUGGUGGAGACACUUUUAACUGCCUGUCCAGCUGAUCUUAUACCUGCUGAAGACAGGCAGCUCAUCAUCAGAGACUUGUUGCUCGAUCUGUUUGAUAAGGUGUUAUCAGAGGAUGCAGCAGGAGAGUUGAUGCCCAUUGUUGCAGGAGCAGUCUUCACUCUGACUGCACAGCUCAGCCAGUCAGUGCUGUCUGAGCAGCAGCAGGGGGUGGGAGCUGAAGCAUCUUCAGGCUUUGCCUCCAUCGCUAACUCAGCCCUUCACCUGAUCCUCCGCAAACUGUUGGACUUUAUCCUUUGCACUGGAGGUGGAUACCAGCGGCUGCGUGCUCAUCUGUAUGGAUCUCUGCUGUAUUACCUGCAAAUAGCCCAGAAACCCGAGGAACCAGAGACUCUGCAGACAGCAGGAAAGGCCAUGUGGGAGCGUCUCACUGCUCCUGAAGAUGGAUUCUCUAAAUUACAGAGAGAGAACCUCGCUAUCAUUGAAAGCUAUGGCAAAGCCCUCAUGGAGGUUGUGUGUCGGGAUGCUUGUGAUGGUCAUGAAAUAACCAGGAUGUUGGCUCUUGCGGUUCUGGAUCGUAUCCUGUCAAUAGAUCGUCAGAAUCAGUGGCUGCUUUUUGUGUGCAACAGCGGCUACCUGCGUUCUUUGGUGGAGAGUCUGAGGCAGGAUGAUACUGCCCUGCAGAGCCUGCUCACACCCCAGCCACCCAUCCUCAAGCCUCUAUACAUCUAUGAAAGCAAGAUGGCUCUGCUGACUCGUGUGGCUAAAAGCGGCCAGGGGGCUGUAGAGCUGCUGCGCUGUGGUUUGGUGGCACAGCUGAUUGAGUGUCAGGUGUUCGAUAUGAUUCCUGACACUGAUUCCCACAGGAUGAUGCGGGAUCCAUCUGGCUUCAUCCCAAGUCCAAUAGAGCGCUACAGACAGAUUCUUUUACCAACUUUGAGGCUUCUUCAAGUUAUACUGACCUCUACGUCCAUGAAUCACCAGCAGGGGGCAGCACAGGUCCUCCAAUGGCUGAUCGUCCACGCAGACACUGUUCAGGCUCUGCUUCGUUGUCAGGAGUUAAGCAUGGGAGCUUUGAAGGAACUCUCUCUGCUCACUGCAAUCAUCAGUAAAAGUGCUCUGCCAGGUGUUCUUGAGAUGGGUGGAGAGAUCAACAGUGCCGCUCUCAUGGAGUUUCAGGGUCACAUCACCAGAUUCCAGCGCCUGUGUCUCUCCCUGCUGGGCCGCCUGGCAGGAAGCGAACGAGAGAGGUUGUUGAAGCAGGCAGAGAUUUCUACACCUGGAGAAUCAGCCGAACGGAGAGAGGAAAUUGAAGUGGCCAUGAUGCAGGUGUGUGCCAACAUCAUGGAGUACUGCCAGACUCUAUUGCUGCAGAGCUCCUCCCAGGCUCAGUUCAGCAUCUGCCUCUUUAGUCCGUCUGGCAGCGAGCCAGCUGGCAGGGAUGGAGGACGCUCAGAUCUUUCAUCUUCUCUGCCACUGUUUGCUCACUCCCGAGUCCCUAGCCUUGGUCUGGUUCUGUAUUUGCUGAAGAACAGCGCUUCAGAUUUCUUCCAGUUCCACCAGAAUCACCGGCAGAGCCUGAGCAAGCUGCAGGGCCUUGAUCAGCUGCCUCCAGAGGAGCUCAAGGAGCUGUGCCAGGGCCUGGUGUCAGGUCCAGGAGCCGUGGAGAAGAUCUCAUCGGUCCAGAGGAGCCUGCUAGCCAAGAGGCGGCUGGUGCAGUUCAUCAACAACAGAGCCAAACUUCUGGCCUUAUGCUCCUAUGUCAUCGAGACCUGCUUGUUUGUAUUGUGGCGCCAUCUGGAGUACUACCUGCUGCAUUGUUCUCCCAGCGACCCCAAAGACUCCCUGCUGCCUGGAUCCAGUUUGUUCCGAUCCCGCCUUAAAGACGAGUCGUUUGGUGGAUUGCAGGCUGGUGGCGGCCGUGGAGUUGGACUGUCUAGAGUCAGCCAGCAAGACUUGGACCAGCUGAAAGGCGACAUGGAUGCUGGAUUUGGGGAAGCUCUCCAGCGGAAGCUACUGGAGGUUGAGGGCCUAUACAGCCAGGUCCGCUCUCGCUACACUUUCAUCCAGGCUCUGGUUCGAAGGAUCCGCGGCUUGAUCCGACAGCCCAAGAGCUGAGCGCUCCAACACAAAAGACUGAUCAAGAAAUGAUGCGUGUGUCUGAAUGGGACCGGCUAUAAAACAAUAACUCCUCUUGUUAUCUUCACUGAUUUCUACUGACCAACGUCUCUAAUGGCUGUUGGGCGGUGAGCAUACUGAUGUGGCACUUUGCCACAGUUCUAAUGCCAUCAUUGCUUGUGGAAGAAUGCACCUAUAUUUUUACUUGUUAGGCUUUUGAUAUUCUGAUUUAUUUCUGUGUUUUCUGAAAAUAAAUACUUUCAAAAUGGAAAAUAAAUGUCAAUACUUAACAUCUAUUUCAUAAAAGAAAAUAAAAAAUACUUCCAGCUCUGGGUACCUUCCCAUAAAUGAGAACAUUAAGAAAUAAAACAUUUUCUUUCUUGUUA